ACAAACGAAAGUACUUGUUGACAGAGAUACAUUGUUUGCUGUUACACCGUGACAUAUCAGCGACACCGGAAAACUCUAUUACUAUUUAUAUCUUUAUGAUAUUUAGCCGUUCAACUCUUGGUAGUGAGUUAACUUUAAACUUUGUUAUCUCAGGUUAACUAAUUACUCUGUGUCACCAUGGACCAAACUGACUCUUAUCCAGUGAAACUGUAUGUUUACGACCUGUCCAAAGGCAUGGCCCGUCAGAUGAGUCCCAUCAUGCUGGGCAAACAGCUGGAUGGGAUAUGGCACACUGCUAUCGUGGUCCAUGGUCAGGAGUACUUCUUUGUAAGGGAAGGCAUCAACAAUUGUACACCUGGUGACACGCACCUGGGUCGGCCUGACUCCAUCCUGGACCUCGGCACCACUGAGGUGUCUGCAGAGAUCUUUAAGGAGUAUCUGGAUUCACUGGCAGCGUCCACAUACGGAAGUGGCACGUACAAACUGUUUGAGCACAACUGCAACGCUUUCAGCAACGACGUGGCUCAGUUCCUCACGGGCCAAAAGAUCCCAUCGUACAUCACAGACCUUCCAUCUGAAGUGCUCUCUACGCCUUUUGGCCAGACUCUCCGUCCCUUACUGGAAUCCAUGGCCAUAAAUCCCGGAGGCAACAACAUAACAGGACAGCGAUAGACGGGGUCUGUGCACAUCAAAGAGAAUACUUCCAUUAUUGGUUUACUCAACAUCAGCCCGGCCUUUAUAACAUCUCUACCUGUGGUUGGCAGGUUGAUCUUUGCAUACGCCAUUUUUCCAGCUAACCAGCCAUUAUUUGAACAGUCUUCUCUAUUCAGCUUCAUCUUCAGUUUCUGCACACCUGAAGGUUUAAGAUGUGCCGGUCACUGAGGCCAGGAGACUAAAUAGAGUAGACAUUUACUCAGGAUGCGAUAAAUCAAGUGCAGCUAUGAGUUUUUAUGUAUUCUUACCUGCUUAUAAUGUUAAAAUAGACUGCAUGAGCUAAUGACUAAAAAAAGUUGUCUCUUCCGUAUAUACAGAAUGUGGUAUAUAUAUUUGACAUGACCAGCAAAGCCUGACUAAUCAUAGUCCCUCAUAGCCAGUCUUAUCUCCACACUUCCGUUCAGCACUGUGUUUUUUUUAAGUAUCAAAACGCUCACAGUGAUACGUGAAUCAUUUUCCGUUUUGAUUUUAUUUCCGGUGUCAUUAAUAUGACAGGACCGUACUCCAGGUCAAGGCCAGAUUAAGUGAAACCACCUCUAAAGACUUAUCUUGACUGUACAUGUGUAACCUCUGAGCUGCCUGCUUCACUCAUAAAGCUUAGGAUUGUGUUUG